CCUCCUCCUAUGUGAAGUAAUUUUGGAGUCGCCCAAUCUGUCAACAUGGCGGCCCCCAGUGAACAAUUUUGGAAGCCACAUUACCCUUGCGACUACUACAAGCAGGAGUACACAGACUGCACAAGUAUAGGACACAGGUUCCACACCUACUAUGUGUAUGGAGAAAAGCCGGAGUGUGCUCAGUGGAAAAAGGACUAUGAGGCUUGUUCAGCAUGGAUGAAAACCAAAUCAGAAGAAGCAAAGCAAGAACUGAUAAAGGUUGAGAACAGGCAUCUGCAGCAGAAAUAUUACGUCAACCCCGUGUGGCCUCGCAGAGUCACCCCUCCAAAGGAUUGGUAUCUUCCGUUAGAGGAGAUGUCACAGAAACAACAAGCAAGUUAACACCAGCUACAACUAGUUCAGUUCGGUUCUGUUGAGUUCAAAUUGACUUUAGAUAGCUAGUCAAUUGACCAAAUAUUAAUGGUUAAGAUGAAAUUGAAUAAAAAGAGAUGGAACAGAUUUUAUUUCAAAAGUUAAGCAUAUAUCUAGUGUUUUUUUUUUUACUCACUUCCAUAACAAUGAAGCAUACAGGUACCAGAGCUACACCAACAUUUUCUACACAAGCAACAAGUGAAGCAAGUUAACAUCAGCUGCAGCUAGUUAAGUUUGGUUCUGUUAAGUUCAAGUUCACUUCAUAUUGCUAGUUAGUUGACCAAGUAUUAAUGGUUAAAAUGAUAUUGAAUAAAGAUGGAACUGAUACUCAUACAGAUUGUAUGUGAAAAGCAUGAAGAAUGUUUUUCACUGAUCAUUUUGCACAUCAUCAAUGAAGAAGACAGGUGCUGACCGCCAUUUUGGUGUCCUGAUUUGCACAUACAAUUGUAUAUAAAAACAUAUCAAUAGGUCGUAGUGCAAGUGUACACAUAUUGUUGUGUUUCUCUGGCACUUUUUAUAGUUAUUUUCUUGUAUUUCCUUCAGUGUCACAAUUCCAUGAAGCUCCUAGAUCUAGAAUUGUUUAGGAAGGCAGAGGGUAGAAUUGCACAAGUUAGAUGUUCAAGGGCUAGGUGUAACAAGUAAAUCGGUGUAACGUAGCCAGCGCCUCGUGCCUGCGAAGCUGGUGUGUUGACGGUGAUACUGGCUACACUGAUGCAGA